AAGACCUCCAGAUUUUAAGCAAAAAUGUGAUCUGUCCCACUGCUUCCAGUGCCUCCCAAAUCAUUCAUGUACAGAUGACACCUCUUGCGUGGCCAGCAGUCUAAGAGCCUGAUUCUUGCUAGAGUAAAUCAGGAGGAAUCCUGGCAAAGCCAACAAAGUGAUCUCGGCGAAAAAAUGAUGGGAGCCACAGCAGAAUCGGGCAUGCUCAGUCUGUAACCUUCUCCAAAUCCUCCAACAAAUGCCCCAUGCUGGCAUAGCAAGCUCCAAAAAAGGCAAAGAAGAAGAUAGAAGGUGGUUCCAAUGUAUUCUCUAUGUUUGAACAAACCCAGAUCCAGGAGUUCAAAGAGGCUUUUACCAUCAUGGAUCAGAACAGGGAUGGCUUUAUUGACAAAGCCGACUUGCGAGACACAUUUGCUGCACUAGGUCGUUUGAAUGUCAAGAAUGAAGAGCUUGAAGAUAUGGUGAAGGAGGCGCCAGGUCCUAUUAACUUCACUGUCUUCCUGACUAUGUUUGGGGAAAAGCUGAAAGGCACGGACCCAGAAGAAACCAUUCUGAAUGCUUUUAAGAUUUUCGACCCAGAAGGAAAAGGCCACAUAAAGGCAGACUACAUCAAAGAAAUGCUUAUGACACAGGCAGACCGGUUCAGUCAAGAAGAGAUCAACCAGAUGUUUGCUGCUUUCCCUCCAGACGUCUCUGGUAAUCUUGACUAUAAGAACCUCUGUUACGUUAUCACCCAUGGUGAGGAGAAAGACUAAGAGGAAAGAGAUGAGCUUCUCCUGUCAUGAUGCACCAAGUUAUUUCAUAAUGGUUUUGUGUGCAAGACAAAGGGCUAAACAUUCAGUAUGUGAAGCCAUGUGGUCAUCAGAAGAGAACCAAUAAAACAAUUGAAAUUAGAUUAAAGUUAUUUAAUGCUCCUGUUUUUAUAAAAGAUGAAAAUACCAAUUUUGUGAGUUUUUUCCCAUCCUUUUUUUUUUUUUUCUUUCUGUCAGUGGUUUGAAAUGGAAUUUUCUUGAUGAACUGGUGCUUUCGUGAUUUAUUGACAAUCCUAAUGUUCACCAGAUGGUCCAUUGGGCACUGCAGCAUUGCUUAACCUCUUGUCUUUUAUACAUAAGCUCCAUGUGUUAAUUGAGAAAUCCUCUAACUUAUUGCACCAGGAAGAGUAUUUGGUAAAU